AUGAAUAAACAAACAAACAAGUUUAAGAGAAAUGAAAGAAUAGUCAGAGAUAGAGAUAAGAUGGAUAAUCAAUCUAUAGGUACUUCAUGGGAUUUUUCCCUAUUUGGAUGCUGUUCAGCUCCGUUUAUAUCAUUUUUAUCAUGUGCAUUUUGUCCAUGUCAAGUAGCAAGACAAAGAGCAACUACUUUUAAAAAGUUUGGAUGUGGAGAUUGUUUAUUUUCGAUAUGUUGUUUUCCCUGUGCAUCAUGUAUCAAUAGACGUAGAAUUAGACAAAAUUAUGAUAUCGUAGGAAACGAUAUUGGAGAUUGUUGCUGUACUUGUCUAUGUGGUUGCUGUACUGUUGUUCAACAUGCCAGAGAAUUAGAUCUCAAGGGAGAUAGACCAGGAGGGUUAUUCAUGGAAAAAGGUCCAAAAAAAUUACAUGAUGAAGAAACUGCAAGUAAUACAACUGCUCAUCAUGAUGAAUAG